AUGAAUUAUGUUUUAAAACUACUUUUCCUUACUAGUUUAUACCGAUGUAUUUAUAAUAAUGCCUCGGAAGAUAUAAAUUCUUUGAUCACCACCGGUGUUGGGGAUUCAACUUCAGAAUGUACUGAAAUUUCAUUAGAGGCAAGUUGUAAAAGUAGUAAUGAUUUUUACGUUGUUGAAAAGAAAAAAUUUGGUGGCAAUGAUUUCCGAACUUACACCCCUACACAUUCAAACAUAAUUACCGCAGUUAACUACAAAAAGCAUUCAGUUUGGAAAGCACAGGAGGGGGAACACUCAAAAUUUGUAAGAAUACGUGAUAAAGGUGGCAAAGAGAGAAUCAUUGUUAUAAAAAUAAUAAGUGACGGUUCUGAUAAAGAAAAAACAUUUAAAAAAGUUCAUGGCUUUUACCAUGAAUCAGGUACAAUUGCUGUUAAUAUUAAAGACAAAGGAAACGAUGACUUCACAUUCACUAGUAAUGUUGCCAACAAAAAUGGAGAAAACACUUAUACUCCCAAAGAUAAUAAAAAGAUUGCUCUAGUUUUUUCAAAAUCUUUUUUAUCCACUGCUCAAUUAUUUUGGAAGGCUACCGGAAAUUGGUAUUGCACUAAAGUAAAAACCACUAUAGAAUCAGAUAAUCUUGUAAAGAUAACUCUAGAUACAACAGAUGGUUCGAAUACAUCUGAAGUUGUUUUGAUAGACCAGGGUGACGGAAUCUGGAUUCCAGAUAAAACCGUUUAUUUGGAUAUUGAGAAAAAAGGAAAUGCGAAAAAUUGCAAAUAUUCUGCCGAAAUUACUAACAAAAAUGGGUCCUACACAUAUGAGCCUAUAAAAGAUUUUGAUAUAAUUAAAGUAUCUGAAGGUGACAAAGUUGUCUGGGAAUCAACGGGUGAUUUAUUUUGCACAAAGGUAACUGGAAAAGUUGAAUCCGACAAAACAACUAGGCUUAGGUUGGAUUUCAAGGAUUCUGACGGCAAAAAACUUAAUCGAGUGUUUUGUAUUUACGAGGGUAACUGGAUUGAGGGUACUCCUGAUAAUAAUAACCUCUAA